AUGCGCAAUGAGAAGCACGGCAUUCGAAUUCCUGGCACUCUUUUGGACGAGUUAAAACGGCAAGAUUACGGUGAAGAUGGACGGUUUAACACAGGGAAACGGAAACGGACGACACAGGUGGGAAGGAAAGAAAGACGAAAACAACAGCGUCGCGAGGUGAAGAAUAAGACUGCAGGAUCUGGAAGAAGUCGUGAAAAUGCGAAAAAUGCUGAAAAAAAGGUAGAAAAGCCGCCACAGAAGGGCAAGAAACCCUCCAAGAAGGCGGCUCGAAUUGAGAGUCGGGAAGAAGAAUCUCAGGACAGUCUUGAAGCGGGAGGAGAAGAGGUGGAUGCGGAAGGAGAAGAGGUGGAUGCGGAAGGUUCGGAGACACUGCCCUUUUCGUCUGACGAUGAGCUUUCUUCUGGCGAUUUUGACGAUUUUGAAGACGAGUUGGAAGAAUCGGAUGUUGGGAGUGGUGAUGAGAGUGCGGAAAACGAAGGACCUGACACGGAAAUGACAGCUGAGGAGACUAUGCGGGCUUUGAAACGAGCCAAACAGAAGAAAACUGCCGGUUUGCCAAAUCUCGACGUGGAUGAUGAAUCGACGACUGAAAUGACUGCUGAGGAAACAAUGCAGGCUUUGAAACGAGCUAAGCAAAAGAGGUCUGCCGAUUUGCCAGACCUCGACCUCGACAUGGACGACGAACUAACGACUGAAAUGACCGCUGAGGAAACAAUGCAGGCUUUGAAACGUGCCAAAGAAGCCAAGAAAACCGGUACAGCAAACUCUGAAGUCCGGGCCAAGACCAAGCCAAAAGACGUGGCUUCGAAACCCACAGAAGAUCGUAAGCAAAAACGUUCCAAGCACUCUUCCACCACCGAAGAAUCCACUGUGAAGCCAUCAUUAACACCAUCACAGCUCGCUCAAGCUGAAAAAGAUAAAUGGGACUACGACUACUACGCCCGUAAGCUGGGUUUGAAGGGCAAGAAAAAAACGCUCAAGGCCAGCAAUGAAUUUGAUGCCGUAGGCGGUUUGCUGGAAGGUCUUGAUUUCUUUGAAAAUUACAACAGUGAUGCCAGUGAUGAAUCUCCAGUCGAAGAAGAAAGUGAGGUCGGCUACGGCUCUCCAGACGAAUCAGAUAAUGUCUCAGAAAAAGGUUCCGAGAGUGGCCCGGAGAAUCCUUUCUCUUCUGAUGACGAAGUGUCCGAAGGCGAUUUCGAGGAGUUUGACGAGAACGAUCUGGACGAGCAGGAGUGGGCGGAGCUUCGUGAACUAGAAGGCGAGCCCUCGGAUCAAGAUGCACCUGCAAAAAGAGAAAACCCAUAUGUUGCACCCACGUCCGAGCCGGCUGCAUAUAUACCGCCUUCUCUGCGAAAAAAGAAUCUGUCUGCUGAGCCGUCUCAAGUUGUCGUUGAGCUCCGUAAGAAGGUCAAAUCCUCUCUCAACAAACUCUCGGAGUCGAACAUCACUGUCAUUGUCAGCGCACUAAAUGAACUUUACAAUUCUUACCCCAGACAACAUGUAAGCGAUGCGCUUGCCAACCAAAUCCUCGAAAUAGUAUGCCACCGAGAUAGGUUGUUAGACAGUCUCAUGAUCAAUUAUGCAGCUGUAGUGUUCAGCUUGUGGAAGCUAAGAGGAACGGAGGUAGGUGCUUCAUUUUUGCAAACGUGGGUAGAGAAACUACUAGAAAGUUUCCGCCAGGGUCAAGCAGAGUUCGAGCGAUUGAAUAGCGAAAAUGAUGACGAGUCUGCGGUGGUCAUGUCCAAGGAGUGUACAAAUCUUAUUUCCUUCCUCUCCUACUGUUACAACUUUGGUAUGGUGUCAUCCAGGCUUAUCUACGAUGUGAUCGAGCUGUUGAUCAAGACGCCUAAUGAAUUCACCUCUGAUCUUCUGCUAAGAAUAAUCUCGAUAUCGGGUCAACUAAUUCGUGGCGAUGAUCCAAAGGCUCUCAAGGAAAUCAUAUCAGAACUUUUGACCAACGUCAAAAAUGUCAAACAGUCCACGAGGAUGAAGUUUUUACUCGAGGUAAUGUCAGACCUGAAAAACAACAGAUUGAAACCUUCGCUACUGGCAACUAGUCAUUCAGGAGUCAAGAAAAGCAUUUCCAAAUUGACCAGUGGUACAGCCUCUUCUUCUACCGAACCACUUCAAGUGACACUUGAUGAUAUCGAAAAUAUCGAUACCAAAGGGAAAUGGUGGCUCGUCGGAGCGUCUUGGAAGGGCAACCAGGAAUCCGCUUUCGAGCAUAAGAAGAGCCAAGACAUUACUGAAAAGUCUAACAGCAGGCUUGUCAUCGAAGAUAAUAUUCUUGAUGACAUUCCCGACUGGAGCGAGAUAGCAAGGGCGCAAAGGAUGAAUACAGAGGUUAGAAGAGCUCUUUUCGUCAGUGUCAUGUCUGCGCAAGAUUUUAUGGAUGCGUUCGCAAGAAUUGACAAGUUGAAUCUGAAGAACAAACAGAGUUUGGAGAUACCAAGAGUAUUAUUGCAUUGUCUGGCUAUGGAGGGCGCUAAAGAAUCUUAUAACCCGUUCUAUGCGCUCUUAGGUGUUAAACUAAGUCAACAAAGUCAUCAUGUUGCCAAAGCGUUCCAGUUUAUGUUUUGGGACAUGGUCAAGAAAUUCGAGCAAGACGACUCGGACAUGGAAAGCGCGGCCGAUGAAGAUGACUCAAAUGAAGAUGAAAAGUUGAAGAAGGCCUUAUGUCAGGGUAGAUUUUUCGGGUCCCUUCUAGCACAGGAGGUCUUAAGACUCGACAUUUUCAAGCACGUUCCACUCAUGGGCGGCCUCAAUGGAGACGGCACACUGUUCAUUGAAGUUAUGGUAUUUCAAUUUUUACUCUCUAUCGCCAAAAAGUGUGAAGUUAAGAAGAAGGCUGGAGGUGUAAGGAACAUUAGCUACGAUCCCGCCCCAUUUGAAAAGCUGGCUGAACACAGCAAUAGCUUUGAAAAUAGCGGUUCAGUUUUCGCUGCUUUGAGGAUGUUUUUGAAGAAAAGAUUCAGAUAUCGAGCAUUCAUCACAGAGCAAGAGGGCACAAAAGAAUUUGAAAGGCAGAUUAGAAGAUUGGAAUGGGCUUUGCCUGAGUUCUUAAGUCUAUUAAAAGUGGGUUUAAAAUCUCAGGAGUUGUAG